ACAGCGCCUCGGAAUCUGCUCGACGCAGCAACACAAACGCCAUCUUUAGCUGACAGGCAAACUACUGAAGCUGAGUUGUGAAUCGAAACUAGGUCAGGCUCUCGGAAUACAAAAAACACUCGUUAAAAACUUGCUUUCUUAACUCGUAGUCGGCGGUCGCUAACUUCCCGACACAUCGUGCUGUCCUAUGGUCCAAUGUGUUUGAUCGGUCGGCCAGCUCGAACGCAGUUUUCUUGUGUCGGUCCCGGUUGACGCUGAUUGAUCGCCUUUCCUGAUAAACAACCGACAGAUGGAGGUGAAAGCCAGGAUGAAGCGUGCACUGAAAGGCAAUAAGCAAGAGGACGGAGGUGGCACCAGCGGAGGGUCUCAGGAGACUCUUAAACGUUCCCGCAAGCAGAGGAGGGAGAAAGAAUCUGAAGGGGAGGGAGCCCACUGGGAGUGUUUGCCUCAGGAGAUUCUGCUCCACAUCUUUCAGUACCUGCCUCUUCUAGAUAGGGCUUACGCUUCUCAGGUAUGCCGUGGCUGGAACCAGGCCUUUCACAUGCCAGAGCUGUGGCGUUGUUUUGAGUUUGAGCUCAACCAGCCAGCCAGCUCAUACCUGAAGGCCACACACCCAGACCUCAUAAAACAGAUCAUCAAGAGGCAUGCCAAUCACCUGCAGUAUGUCAGCUUUAAGGUGGACAGCAGCAGAGAGUCUGCAGAGGCAGCGUGCGACAUCCUCUCUCAGCUUGUCAACUGUUCUUUGAAAACAUUAGGGCUCAUCUCAACAGCCAGGCCCAGCUUCAUGGAGCUACCCAAGUCUCACUUCAUCUCAGCCCUAACGGUGGUGUUUGUCAACUCCAAAUCCCUGUCUUCCCUGAAGAUUGAUGACACCCCUGUCGAUGACCCCUCCCUCAAAGUCCUGGUGGCCAAUAACAGUGACACCCUCAAGCUGCUGAAGAUGAGCAGCUGCCCUCAUGUUUCACCUGCAGGCAUCCUGUGUGUGGCUGAUCAGUGUCACGGCCUCCGAGAACUGGCCCUGAACUACCAUUUGCUUAGUGAUGAACUUCUUAUCGCCCUCUCCUCAGAGAAGCAUGUCCACCUUGAGCACCUUCGCAUCGAUGUGAUCAGCGAGAAUCCAGGCCAACAGUUCCACAGCAUCAAGAAGAGCAGCUGGGACGCCAUGGUGCGACACUCCCCUAAAUUCAACCUGGUCAUGUACUUCUUCCUCUACGAGGACGAGUUUGGCCCUUUCUUCCGCGAUGAGAUCCCUGUCACACAUCUGUACUUCGGACGCUCCGUCAGCAAAGACGUGCUGGGCCGCGUGGGGCUCACCUGCCCGCGUCUCGUGGAGCUGGUGGUGUGUGCCAACGGGCUGCGGCCGCUUGACGAGGAGCUGAUUCGCAUCGCCCAGCGCUGCACGGAGCUGUCAGCCAUCGGAUUGGGAGAGUGCGAGGUGUCCUGCAGCGCUUUUGUGGAGUUUGUGAAGAUGUGCGGCGACAGACUGACACAGCUAUCCAUCAUGGAGGAGGUGCUGGUUCCAGAUCACCGCUAUGGGCUGGACGACAUCCACUGGGAGGUGUCAAAGCAUUUGGGGCGCGUCUGGUUCCCAGAUAUGAUGCCUACCUGGUAAAGCUUGGGGAGUAGAUUUAAGUCGUGUCCAGAAUUUUUGAGUGUGUCUGAAUGUGUGUUUAUUGAAAACACCCCUCAUCUCUCUUCUGUUUUAAAGAAACAGUAUGUUUAUACGCUUGUCUCCCUAAAUUUACAAAGACUUACAUCUCUUAUUGUUUUGAGAGAGGAAACAGGAGUCUUGAUUCCAAUCCCUUCUGCCGUUUCAUAUAUAUGAUUUUUAUAUUUAUAUUGUAUUUAUAUCUAAAUGUAUUUGUCUCUUGUCACAGCAUGUAGCACCUUGUUCUGUAGAUGUUAAGGUGCCACAUCAUGCAGAUGUAGUGUGUACAGAUAAUUUAGGGGUCACACUCUAAUAAGGGGAUGAACAAGAAUGUCCUGAGAAAAUUAAAUGAGUUUUUCAUGUGCCCACAAGGAAAUACAGGCAGAUAAAUAAAAAUUUCACCAUAUCAUGAUCAUAACUAAACCCUUCAAACAAACAACAAUGCUGAGGAGUUUAAAGAGUCACUUCAGUGAUAUUUAGCUACUUCACUUAACAGCUGACUCAGUCUGACUGUAUAGGGAGUGUUCAUAGACUAGAGCAGAGAUCACAAAACUAAAGCAAGACUUUCAUGUUGAACAUGUUGAUUUUGGCCUCUUCUCGUUGUUUUGACCUUUAAUAUUUUGUCUCUUUUAAAUGUCUUUGAAUGUUGCUUAGUGACAGCAUCUUAUUUUUCAAAUGGCACCGCCUCUUUCUGUGUCCUGUUUUAUAAACGGACAAAACUGAAGGUAGUUUCAUCCUUCAGCGCUUUGUGAAGGUGGUGCUCUUAAGUGACUUUUGCCAUAAUCAUCUUCGUCUGUAUAUACUGUAUAUACUUAUAAAUAUAUAUGUAUAUAUAUAUAUAUAUAUAUAAAGAAGAGUGAUGUUUGAACAUAUUUUUGUGUUAAAUGUACAGCAGCUAUAUUUCUGCAUUGCCUAACCCCUAUUCCUAAUGUAACUCUUAAGAUCUGAUUUCAAUCGGUUAGUAUUUAAAUAGCACCAAGUUUAUCUCAUGACACUUUACAUAGAGCUGACGUAGAUGAUACGCUUUAUAUUUUUAUUGACUGAUGCACUUUUACUCUAAUGAAGGAUCUGUGUUAAGCAUGAUUAGCUGCAAAGUCAUAAGGGGUGACAGAUUUUUUUAAAGCUAUAUAUAGGUAAAUGUCACUUGUUUUCAUUAAUCUGUUGAUUUAACUGGACUUCUAUUGGCUGUUUUAUUAAUAACUUUAGACACACAAAAGCAUUCUGGGUAGCUUCCUGGGCAAAUUAAAGCUGAUUUUAAGCACAAAUGUUCAGCAUCCAAGAAGUCUUAAAAGUCAGUAGUUUACCUAGGAAUUAUAUAUCAUGGGUUAGUGUGUAUAAAACAUACAUUGUACAUUAUAUAAUCAGUUUUCUGUCUAAAUUUAACUCAGAUGUAUGAAGUCUGACAAAUUAAUGUUAGUACAGGGUUGCACCUUUUUGAUCGUUGUACUCUUUAAAACAAUUAGCUGCCCUAAAACUGAUUUUAAACUCUAACUAUUGGGCUUUUAUGAUUUAGUCCCAGAUCAUAUUUUGAUGUUGUGGUAAAGCUUUUCAGUGCCACAUCCUGUAUAAACUGAGGCACUGUGUUUAAAUGUAUUUGUUCAAAACAUGUAAAGAGCUAAUGUUAAUGGUGAAGCCCUGUAGACGGACAGUGUGUGGCAGCUGAAUGUUGAUGUAAAUGAAUAUAUAAAUGUUUAUGUCUCACUAUUGUUUCAAGAAUAAUGGCAGAACAAUGUCCAGUGGUGGGCUUAUCAAGGAUAUGUUUGCCUGUGCAAUGAUAAGACUUGUAAACCUUCAAGUUCAGUUAAUUUUUUUUUGUUUCAGUCUUGAUUUUCAUCCCCUUUUGUCUAUUUUGUUGGCAAACUUUAAUUGAAAAAGAGCAUUUCUUCUGUUAUCUCUCUCUAAUUGGGACUCAUGUCUUAAUUUUCUGUGUCGGACUUAAUCUUUUACUGCCAGAACAUUUUAUUGUUAUUUAUAAAACCAAGCCAUCUGCUGGGUUAUAUUAACUGCAUUUGUAUUCAGUGCUUAUAGAUGGUUAUUGUAACAUUCAAGGAGAGGCUGAGUAAGGUGUGAUGUUUUUAUAUAGAGAGUACAGUGACAUUGUCUUGUUUUUAUGUCAGCUGAGCCCAGCUGCUCUGUACUUACCAGAUUUAUGGGGAAGUAUCCCACUUGUACUUUUCCCAAAGAUGUGUAAUGUUUAAGUAAAGCUAAUAGACACAUUAAAAACCUACCUGUUUGAA